UUCCGCCCUAGAAGGUAAGAGGAACGCCGGGCGGAAGAAACUCCCAACCGGACCGGAAGGGGUAGGUCCCGUAGGCGGUGCUGUUUGCUGGAGCCUCGUGGAGGCUGAGAUUGCCUUCCUGGCAGCUUCAGACAUCCUGACAUGGGGCUUACCAAACAGUAUCUCCGAUAUGUGGCUAGUGCUGUCUUUGGCUUGAUUGGCAGCCAAAAAGGUAAUAUUGUUUUUGUGACACUUCGUGGAGAGAAAGGACGCUAUGUGGCAGUACCCGCCUGCGAACAUGUUUUUAUCUGGGACUUGAGAAAAGGAGAGAAGAUCCUUAUCCUUCAGGGGCUUAAACAAGAAGUCACUUGCUUAUGUCCUUCCCCAGAUGGGUUGCAUCUGGCUGUUGGCUAUGAGGAUGGAUCCAUCCGAAUCUUCAGCCUCCUUAGUGGUGAAGGAAACAUAACCUUCAAUGGACACAAAGCAGCUAUCACCAGCUUAAAGUACGAUCAGCUAGGAGGCAGACUGGCUUCUGGGUCCAAGGAUACAGAUGUUAUUAUUUGGGAUGUGAUCAAUGAAAGUGGCCUCUACCGUCUAAAGGGACAUAAGGAUGCAGUCACACAAGCUCUGUUCUUACGAGAAAGGAAUCUGCUAGUUACAAGUGGGAAAGAUACUAUGGUAAAGUGGUGGGACCUUGAUAAUCAACACUGCUUCAAAACAAUGGUCGGCCACCGAACUGAGGUGUGGGGCUUGGUUCUAGUUUCAGAAGAAAAGCGACUAAUAACUGGGGCUGCAGACAGUGAGCUGAGAGCCUGGGACAUCGCCUAUCUGCAGGAGAUUGAUGACCCAGAAGAGCCAGAGCCCAAGAAAAUCAAAGGGUGUCCUGGAAGACAGGACACACCUGAAGCAGAGGAUGGCCCCCUUGAAGCAGAUGAAGCAUCUGAAGAUCGCAUCCUCUCAUGCAAAAAAGCUGGCUCCAUAAUGCGGGAAGGAAGGGACAGAGUUGUGAACCUUACUGUGGACAAGACAGGCAGGAUUCUUGCUUGCCAUGGAACUGAUUCUGUGCUAGAAGUAUUUUGUGUCCUUUCCAAAGCAGAAAUUCAGAAGAAAAUGGAUAAGAAGCUGAAGAAAGCUAGAAAGAAAGCAAAAUUGAAUUCUGCCAGUGGGGAGGAGGACCCUGAAACUAGUGUCUCAAUGACUCUGCAGGAUGAGAUCCAUCGGGUGGCCAAUAUCAAGACUUCUUCCAAGAUCAAAUCCUUUGACCUGAUUCAUUCACCUCAAGGGGAGUUGAAGGCAGUCUUCCUGCUGCAGAACAACCUGGUGGAAUUAUAUUCACUCAAUACAUCCUUGCCGACCCCUCAGCCUGUCAGGACAAGCAGGAUAACCAUUGGAGGCCAUCGCAGCGAUGUGCGCACUUUGUCAUUCAGCUCCGAUAAUAUAGCUGUGCUUUCAGCUUCGGCUGAUUCCAUAAAGAUAUGGAACAGGUCUACCCUGCAGUGUAUCCGCACAAUGCCUUGUGAAUAUGCUCUCUGCUCCUUGUUCGUUCCUGGUGAUAGGCAGGUGGUUAUAGGAACAAAGACCGGAAAUCUGCAGCUUUAUGACCUGGCCUCGGGCAAUCUCUUGGAGACAAUAGCUGCCCAUGAUGGAGCCUUGUGGUCCAUGUCUCUCUCUCCAGAUCAGCGUGGCUUUGUGACAGGUGGUGCUGAUAAAGCUGUCAAGUUCUGGGAUUUUGAGUUGGUGACAGAUAAAAACAGUACCCAGAAGAGACUUUCUGUGAGGCAGACUCGAACCUUGCAACUAGAUGAGGAUGUCUUGUGUGUCAGUUACUCUCCCAAUCAAAAGCUGUUGGCUGUUUCUCUGCUGGACUACACUGUGAAGAUUUUCUAUGUUGACACUUUAAAGUGAACUAGAAGAGGCUCUGCUUGUGCUGCCAUUCUCUUACGUCCCAGACAUUCUUAAAUUAUUCAAUGAAUUCAUCCAGAUGGGCUCUGAUAUCGAACUUCUGUGCCGGUGCCUCUUUUUUCUCCUCAGGAUUCACUUUGGCCAGAUCACAAGCAACCAGAUGCUUGUGCCUGUGAUAGAGAAACUAAAGGAAACAACUAUUUCAAAAGUCAGGCAAGUCCAGGAUGUCAUUGGCUUCAAUAUGGCAGGUCUCGAUUAUCUCAAGAGAGAGUGUGAAGCAAAGAGUGAAGUUAUGUUUUUUGCUGAAGCUACUAGUCACUUGGAAGAGAAGAGGAGGAAACGAAAAAACAGGAAGAAGAUGAUUUUAACAUUGACUUAGAACUGAAAGGCUGUGUCUUUUCCUGCUUCCCUUAAACUUUAAGGAACACGUAAACUUAGCUAUAGUGGAGUUGGCAUCUUAAAAAUAUUGAAAAAGAUCAAGUAGAUCUUGGGGUACAGCUGUCAGCUUCAGCUGAGGAAAUCCAACAUGGCUGUGUGCUCUGGCUCCCAUCCUUUGGACUGGACAGAUUUAGUUUAAAAAUCUGUGUUCUUCAGAACUGAGGCUUUAAAUUAUAGCAAGGAGCAAGAGUAUUUUUUUUUUUUUUUUUUUUUACUGUAUUUGGUUCAUUUGAGUUGAGAUAGACAUUUCUAAAGUGUCUCAUAUUUAUGGCAGAUUAUUUGUACUAGAGGUUUUCCAUUUAAGAUAAUCAUGUGUAUUACUGUCUUCUAAAAUGAAGUACCAUGGACUUCAGAGCUGAAAGGGAUGGUAAAAAAUAUCUAGAGCAACCUCCUUAAGCUAGUACAGGUUGUUGAGUCUGUAUAUAAGAAGAUCAUAAUGCUAUUUGUACUUUGGGGAAUAAAAUAGCUUUUUCAUUAAAACCAUUUAAAAUGUC